AUGAGAUUCUGCCUUCUCGCAUCGCCUAGUCUGUUACUUGAACCCUUUUUAGCUCUAGCUAGCCUGUUUGCCACUGCCCAGCCCGAUAACCGAUUGAAUCUGGCCCUAAUACGUUGGACUGCUGCGAUGCAAAAGCUGCGGGAGCUUGGUAUCUCUGAUCCGCAGAACCUUCACGGAAUUCUCUUUCUUAGGAUCUGCCUCGCCACCGUCCAGCUGCUGGUUUUUGGCAUCUCAAUGCAACCAAUCUAUCGCUUCACGCUCUCCUUCAUCGACCCGAAGGAUGUGGAUAUAUGGGAUGACCCAGGAUUUGCCAUGAACGCUUUAUGUCUCGCGUUUGUAGAUACCCUCGAAUGUCUAGUGCGGAGACAGGUUCCGGUAUUCCGCUUCCCAGUGAACAACUAUAGAGGAAUAGACCGCGCAGCUGGACUAUGCGCCACUCAACUGCCACUCUGGUAUGACAUCUGCGCGUUAAGUGCUGCGGUUAAGCACGGUGGCUUGCCUGAACCGAAUAACUUGGAAAGGCUGAAGCAGCAGAGCGAAUCCUGGAGAGUAUCUGUCCCAGCUAACUUCUUGGAGAAAUUCUCAGCGCGAGAGGUAGUCUUGCUAAUGGGACACGCCAAGGCACACACCAAUGUGCGGUUUGGAUCAUUUUGCACCGUCUCCAAUAUCAAUCUUACAAACCCGAUGAGUCGAUUCGAGUCAUGCGCCGGUCCAUUUUGA